AUGGGAGGCAGUGCUACCUUUGUCCUGGACUUCCUGUGCCUCUCAGCAGAGUCCAUGUCCUAAACUGUAGAAAUGCACUUGCCUUCCCAGGAUUUUGUCGCUCUCGCCGUCUACAUCUUCACCUUUCUACUGGGCCUUCCCGCAAACCUUCUGGUCCUGUUUGUGUACGUGCGCAAGGCCCGCAAGCAUGGUGCCACACCCAAUGUGGUCUACGCCCUCAACUUGUGCAUGGCGAACCUGGCCCUCGUGGCUUGGUUACCCAUCAAAGCUGUGGAGACUCUGCUUCAGGACUGGAUGCUUCCUGCACCCGUCUGCCCCAUCUACAGCUUCUUCCUCUUCUCCUCGCUGUACGGCAGCUGCCUCUUCAUCACCGCUGUAACGGUUGGACGCUACCUCAGCAUUGCGUUCCCGAUUAUCUACAAGAGGUACCGCCAUGCUCGCAUCUCCUGCUUCAUCAGCGCUGCCUUGUGGGUCUUUGUGCUUCUUCACCUCAGUAUAGCCUUGGUGGCUGAAGGAGGGGCAAACUUUGUCUCUUCUGAUGGGGGCGGCUCAGCCUGCUAUGACCACUUCAACGCCUCCCAGCUGGUAAUUCUCCUGCCUCUACGCUUUGAAAUGGCCAUUGUUUUGUUUUUGGUGCCUCUUAUUUUGACAUCUUUCUGCACACUGCGCUGCGUCACCUUGGUGUGGCGCUCAAAUUUGCGUCCCAUUGGCAAGAGAAGAGUCCUGACUGUUGCUCUGUUCACACUGGCUGUGUUCAUAGUGUGCUAUGCACCCUACAAUACCUCUCAUGUCGUCGGGUUUGUGCGAAAUGAAAACCUCGAAUGGAGGACAUACGCUAUGCUGACCAGCUCUUGUAAUGUUUUCCUGGAGCCAGUGGUCAUGCUGAUGCUGUCGCCGGCUGUUUCAAGAGGAUUCAUGGGGCGGAUCUGUGGACGUCAAAGCCAGUUCAGCCGGAGGGAGGGGUGUAGGCAUCGAUAUUACAGUGCCAACGGGGCUGCUAAUGUUAGGGCACCACCUACAGUCUCUGAGAAGAGCCAUGCAGUGGCCGAAGUGACCAAAGAAAGCCAGCGGUGAGGACUUCAGAUGUUUACCAAGUGAAAAUGUUUAAGACUUUCGUGGACGUCUGGUAGAGCACAAACAUUACUUGUAACCUUUAUGUGUACACCCAGAAAACUAGCAUCACAAUGUCACCUUGCUCACAUCUAGAGCGCCUCAUCCGGACAGAUGAGCCUGCGAAUGAUCCAGAUGGAGUCUCUGUUCCAAACUUUUAAAGGCUGAGUGAGUUUUCAUAAAGGUACUUCGCCCUGUCGUCAGUAUACAAGUUCAAAUCAACUCGUUCCAAAGAAAGAGAAAGAGAAAGAGACAAAAGUCUUGUAAGAUGUAUUUGCCCUAUAGUAACCCCUACUACAGUUAUUCCUGUUGGUGUUUGACCAACUGUGAGUGGUUUAAGGUGCUGCAACUCAUCCAGGAAGUUUUGUCAUACCUUAUAUCCUCUUUUUUUGACGAAGCAACUGCAUGUCAUUGAUAUGGAAGAAAAAGUUCAUGUUCAUUUCUUAGAGCAGUCGGUGAUGAACUUCAUGUGAGACCAAUGAUGUCACCAAGCUUCAACGACAAACAAAAGCAGAGAGAAAUACGGGCAACACAACAGACUUUUUUUUUCUGUUGUGAUUUUUAAUGUUGUGGAGGUAGGUGUCAGACCAGAUGGAUAACAGCACCCUGAAUAAACAGUCUUUUUUUUAAGCUUUCAAAAGCAAAUAUUAAUCGUGUGUGACACCUUUGAGUGUGAAAAGACAUCAGGAUGAGACUUCUUCUUUUAUAGGACAAAAUCUUCAGAGAUAAGAUGAAUCUCUUGGUCCACAUGGCGCCUAAAUCAGCUCCUCACAGCGACUUUCACAGUUGUCAGUCAGUUACUCAUCAUAGCUUCUUAUAGGAAAUAACUUGCAUCAUACUUAAUGAUGUGAUCUGUGUGUUUGUAACUUUUUUUAUUUCACAAAAACAGACUGGAUUAAACGCUAGCUGUGCUUUCAAUGGAAAAAAAAUGUUUCAAGUC